AUGGCCGGGAGACCUAACAACAGGUCGAGCCAGCAAGCGCCGGCCGUACCGCCGGCUUCGGCUCGCCAGAACGAGUACUUUGUGCCUCGCGAUGGCAUCGACCGGGAGGUUAUCACAUCAGACAUUUGCCGAUACCUAGGGAACGAUGCACUCGUGCGCCCUGGCACGUACGAGUCGGCAGACGGUCGCGUCACACAGGGUUACUACAUCACAGCAUACCGGAACUUGACAUCACCAAUGAUCCAAGAUCUUAAGGCCGACUCCGCUCGGUGGGAGCAGGAGAGGCGCGCCGCGUCGAGGUCUUCAGGCGGAGGCGCUGGAGGCUCCCGGGAGCAACCUCGUGGACAGGACUACAACGCAUGGAAGAACUUGCAGCGGGAACGGGAAUUUGCCGAGGCCCAAUACCCAUCUGCCAUGGACGUUGACUUUGCACCUCCUCCAGGACCUAGCGCAACCCCGGUUUAUUCAGGCCAGCAAUACGCUGGGGCUCCUCCCGCCAACUACCCGCCGGCGACAUACCCGCCCCAGGGUCACGCUGCCGCUGCACAGUAUCAAGCCCAACCGGGCUACGGAUAUCCGCCAAACCCGCCUCCGACCCAGUACUCCCCCCAGCCCCAAACCUCUGGCGAUCGGUACCCCGGGAUUCCUCCGCCACCCAUUGCCGGGUCGUACGCCCAGGAUGCCGGCGCCUUCGUUCAUGGGUCAAACUACCAAACCGCUGGGGGUUAUGCCGCUCCCGGGCCUAACAGGAUGCCGCCGGCCAUGAUCAAUGCUUCAGCCGCUCCCUCAAGGACUUACAGUGCACCCACAGCAGGUACGCCUGUUUACGGCGGAGAGACAGAUCCCUACGCCUACCCGCCGCCCGCUGCGAAUUCUGUCCCCCAGGGCUAUCCCACCGAUGCUCUCUAUGGCCGCGGUGCGUAUGCGACCGCAACAACCAACCCUCCCGAAGCGGCUUCGUCUGAUGUUUUAGGCUCCCCUGCAGGCACAACACAACGGCCAGGCUACCCAGCCCCCACGGAUCCCCAGUACGAUGCUCAUCAAAACCCUGCGUUGCAGUCUGCGACCACGCCUACCACUGCUGCGCCGGCCCAGAUGGCAACCGGUAGUGUCCCGCCCCCCGCGCGCCGUGACCGUGACUCGGAGCCCAGAGAAAGGGAACGAGAACACAGGGACCACAGGCCUCGCCGCUCAGAACAGGAACGCGAAGAUCGGAACCGCCAUCGCCAUCGCUGA